CGCAAGCAGAAUUUGUUUGAGAUUAAUUUGUCUAUCAAUUUGGCACUGUUAUCUGUUGGUAAUUAGCUUCUGUCUUGAAGCAAAAUUGUCAUUUAUUGUUCUUGUCUUGUCAAUAGAUACGAAAGCCCUAUGUUUUAGUACUUUUAUUUUAUAUUUUCCUUUUCCAAUUUUGAAAGUUGAUACUUAAGGCAUGUCAUAGUACUAUCAACGUUUGUAAAGGUUUCCUAAUGCACCUGGUGGCAUGAUAUAUCCACCUUGCCGGCAAGGCAUAAUUCCACUUCUAGCAUUUUUCUGUCGUGCUCAUGCUGCUGACAAGGAUUGUCUUGAUGGUCAAGGGAUGUCUGUGGUUGGUCUACUUACAGACAAGGAUUAGCUCCUAUAAUCAUGAUUCUAGGCCGCAGGAUGCCAAAGACAAGGUACUUAGGGGAGUAUGCAUCACAGCAAGUUCCUUAAAACCAGAUAUAGCAAAUUGUCUGCUGCUAUAUCCCCCUCAAGCUUUGUUCCCGGAGCGGCUGACAUCAAUCCGAGUCCUCCAUUUGAGCAGUGAUAUGAAUGUUUGUCCUUCUGGCAUGUUUGUCGUUUAUGUAUCAACAAUUUGUGAAGAUGCAGCUCAAGGGAAAGAAUUACUAACUACAGCCAUAAAUGAUUUGUUUUCUGUUCCUGUUUCUGGAAACUCUGAGGAAGAUUCUGAGGAUCAUCAGAGUGCAAUACAGUAGUGAAAGUAAAACCCACUUUGCUUUGGAGUACUGUGUAUAUACAAGAGCAAACUGUGGGUGUAUUUGAUGGUGUUAUUUCAGCCUCUACGCCUGACGGAAAUUUUCAACACAACAAUCUUGUAGAUGCAUCAGAAAAGCUAUUUCAGAGCAUGUAUCGUGAUGAAGAAUUCGUUCAAAGGAAACCUCAUCGAAUGAGGUCAUAGAAGAUGGUGCAUCCGAGCGAAAGUGUUGGGAUUUUUGCUCGAGUGAGGAUUCAGAGGAAACAACAAAUAUAAAACACUGGGGAUCUAACCAAUUCUAUAAUACAUCAAAAGCUAAAUGUUGUGUAAGUUCAGUUGAAUUUUUUCGCUUUUGCUGCAGCGCGGUUGAACUAACAUUAGUACACACUACUAUCUACAUUUCUCUGAACAGCGUGUGCUUCCAACAAGUACAACAUAACUGCUUCACAACAAAUGAAAGCAGCA